UAAGAUGUAAUGUCAGUUUUAAACAUGUUUUAAAUUAAUAUUGAAAUAGGAACUGCCACUAUAAGAGAUUUAUAGAACUGCAAAGAAUAAAAAUUUAUUGUGGAAAGUAUAUAUAUAAGAAUUUCAAAGAUAACGAACUAUUGAUUUAGAAAAUAUAAAGUUUAAGAAUAUUAUCGUAUUUAGUUUAUCAAGCUAUGUACAAGUAUAAUACAUAUUAUAAAGCAUUACAAAUCAUGUUAUUUCAAACGUGAAAAAUUUGUAGUUAUUUAUUCGGCUAACUUCAAAUCAGUUUAAAUCAAGUGAUGCUUGUGAUUAAUUUCUGCCGCCUAAAAUAUAGAAAACACUACAGUUAUGUGAAAAAGAACACGUAAAAUUAUAAAUUAUGAAUGUUAUUUAGUAUGACGUAAAUGUUAUACAUAAAAUUAAAAGUCUUUUAACAAAUGCUUUUAAAUGUUUGAUUAAUUGUUUAAUUUAAUACUUUGAAUUUAUACACAAUCUGUGUUUUUCCAUGAGAUUCAUUAUAAUAUUGUAUUUCGCGUGCUGAAAAAUAUAUGAAGUUAAGAAAGAUGUAUAUUUUUAGAAAUAUUUCAUUCAUCUUUUGUGUUUGUUGCGUUUUAUUUUUGUGUUCUUCCUUAAUAUCACAUUCUAUAUAUAUAAGUAAAUAAUAUAAUAAAUAAAUAUAUCAAAAAUUUUCGUUUACCGUGAAAUUUGUACAUACUUUCAAAAUUUUAUAAUCUUUAAUGCUCACUAAAGUUUCAAGAAAAUGUCAAGAAAGGUUCCACUUAGUCAGAAUGAAAUACAACCUACAUUCAAAGGAUUUCUUGAACGUAUGAAAAGUAAACGCGAUGUACAAUCCAGCACUCCUAAGUCAUCAAAUACAAAUGUAAAACCAGGUGAUUUAGAUACAUCUAUGGACUUCAAUAAUGAAAAAUUAAAAACAAAUGAUAAAAUGUCUAUUAUAUCUCUUAAUAGCUCUGAUGAUUCAAUGUAUUAUAAUGUUAUUAAGAGUACCACAAAAGCAAAUGAUAGCAAUUUGAAAGAUAAUUAUGCUGAAAGUUCUAAAGGAGAAAAUUCAUGUAGAAAUGUAAAAAUAUCACAAAUUAGACAUAGUUACUUAUCAGACAGCGAAGAUGACAUAGUGAUAAAAUCAACUUUAAGUUUAAAUAGAAAAAAAAAAGUUCUUAAUAGUAGUGAAGAACAAAUAUCAAAUCAAAGUUUAUUAUCUAUGAAGGAGGAUAAACCACUUGAUAAUGUAUUUUUGCAUACAACUACUGAGAGCAGUAAUAUGCAAACAGAAACACGAGAAAAAUAUUUGAUUGGAAGUAAUAGUCCAAGAACUCCAAAAAAAUGUUUAAACUUCAAGAAAAAAGAAAAUAUAAUAAUAUCAGAUUCAGAUAGCAGCCCAAAUUUUAAACAAAGUUUAAAAAGAACCCCUACAAAAGGAUGGAUAGGGCCAGAUUUCAAAUUAGAUUUAAAACCUUUAGGCUUAGGAAAACAGUUGGAUUCAUGGAUACAAUCUACAAAAGGAAAACCAAUAAUGGCUUCAGUACCAAUUACAAAAGAUGAAUUGGAAAAUAGACAUAAGCAUUUAAAAGAUUUUCAAAUAGAAAUUCUUAGUAAAUUUUACACUGCAUUAGACCAAAUACCAUUACCAGUGCUAGAAAAAUUUCCACAGUUUAAUGCGCGUUCAUUUCAAGAAUUAAAAAUUUUAUAUCAACAUGUUAAAGCAAAAAUUCGUUUAGUUGAGACAAAGCUAGCACAUAUUAAAAUUGAUGAAAACAAAAAACUUGCCGAUAAAGAAUUAUCUGAUGUUACAAAUAAUUUUCCAUUAUCUAAAACAUCUGAAACUUUAAAUCAGCAGUCAGUUAUAAGCAUUUCAGAUAAUGAUAGUUUUAGUGCAUCUAAUACUAACUUAUUAGAUGCAGAAUCGAGUUGUAUUGCGAAGACACAAACGACCUUGUCAACAGUAAAAGAAUUCCCCCAUUUCUUACAAAAAGAACCUGAAUCACAAAUAAAGGAUCAAAAGAACGGUAUUGAUUUACAGAGUUCUGUAAAAAUUAAAUCAGAUGAUUCUCCAAUUCAAGGAAAAAAAAGUACAUUUGAAUUGAAAAGGCCCAUUAAAGCAACUGGUUCUGAACUUUCUAAACAAAUAGGAGAAAUAUGGAAAAAGGAAGAAGGGUCCAGAGUUACUAAUACUAAAACUAUAGUUUCUAACUUGAAUGCAAAUACUAGUUUUGACAAUACAUAUAAUAUAGAAAAAGUACAAAUUAGUGAAAGUGCAUGUCCUGAAUGGAAAGAAAGAGAAAAUUUUCAAAUUCCUGAAAAACCAGGAUGUGAAAAUAAACCAGCUGAUUGGAAUGUAAUAGAUGUGCCAUAUAUGAAAGACAAAAUUUCAUUUUCUGAAGAGAUAGUUGAUUGUUUAACUCAAGAAUUUAAUCAAUUUCCCACAUUGAGUAAAGAUUGCAAUAUAAAGUUGGAUUUAUCAGCAGGUGCUACACAAAAUACUGAUAAUGAAAGUAAACAAGAACAGAAAAAAGAUAAAAUAAAUUCGUCAAUAGGUAUUUUUACUGGAAGUUAUAAGAAUGAUGGUGUUAGUGGUGAAUUUGAUGGAUUAACAUAUCCGCAUUCACGAGAAAUGUUAAAGGUUUUUCGACAAAAAUUUGGAUUAUAUUCAUUCAGACCAAACCAAUUGCAAGCAAUUAAUGCUGCAAUUUUAGGGUUUGAUUGUUUUGUGUUAAUGCCAACUGGAGGAGGAAAAUCACUAUGCUAUCAACUUCCAGCACUUUUGUUACCUGGAGUAACAAUUGUAAUUUCACCAUUAAAAAGUCUCAUUCUUGAUCAAGUUCAAAAACUUACUUCUCUUGAUAUUCCUGCUGCACAUAUGUCUGGUGGAAUAACAGAUAGUCAAGCAAGCGGAAUAUAUAGAGAACUUUCAAAGAAAGAACCAUCUCUUAAAUUAUUAUAUGUAACGCCAGAAAAAAUUUCUGCAUCUCAAAAAUUUUGCAAUCUUUUGACUACAUUAUAUGAAAGGGGAUUAUUAGCAAGAUUUGUCAUUGAUGAAGCACAUUGUGUUAGUCAGUGGGGUCAUGAUUUUCGUCCUGAUUAUAAAAAAUUAAAUCGUCUCAGAGAAAAUUAUCCUAAAGUACCAGUGAUUGCACUAACUGCAACAGCUACACCAAGAGUUAGAACCGAUAUAUUACAUCAAUUAGGUCUUAGUGUACCUAAAUGGUUUAUGUCAAGUUUUAAUAGACCUAAUUUAAGAUAUAGCAUAAUUGCAAAAAAGGGAAAAAAUUGUUCAGAUGAAGUAAUAGCUAUGCUAAAAAUGAAGUACAAGAAUGAGUGUGGUAUUGUUUACUGUUUAUCUCGCAAAGAUUGUGAUGAUUAUGCGAUGCAAAUGAGAAAAAAUGGCAUUAAGGCACUGAGUUAUCAUGCUGGCCAUACAGAUAGUAAUAGGACUGAUAUUCAAGGUCGAUGGAUUUCAGAAGAAAUCAAAGUUGUAUGUGCAACAAUAGCAUUUGGAAUGGGGAUUGAUAAACCCAAUGUACGAUUUGUAAUUCAUGCAGCUCUUCCAAAAUCUAUUGAAGGUUACUAUCAAGAAAGUGGACGCGCUGGACGUGAUGGGGAAAAUGCAGACUGUAUAUUAUUUUAUAAUUAUGCUGAUAUGCACAGAAUUAGAAAAAUGAUCGAACUAGACAACCCAAAUCCUACUGUAAUAAAGACUCAUAUAGAUAACUUAUAUAAAAUGGUAUCAUUUUGUGAAAAUAAGACAGAUUGUCGCAGAGCACAACAACUCCAUUACUUUGGAGAACUGUUUGAUCGACAACAAUGCAUUGUAAACAAAGCCACAUCAUGUGACAAUUGUAGAUGUAAAGAUGAUUUCACUAUGUUAGAUGCAACAGAUGAAGCAAAGCAUAUUUUGAGAGCUGUACGUGAAAUUAAUCAAUCAAGAAAUUCUAAUCUUACAUUAGUACUUCUUACAGACAUAUUUAAAGGAAGUGAUCUUAAAAAACUAAGGGAAUCAGGUCUUACUAAGAAUCCUUUAUACGGCCGUGGAAGAUCAUGGAAUAGGCACGACAUAGAACGUUUACUUCAUUAUAUGGUACUCAAAGAAUAUUUACAAGAACAGAUGUAUAUAAACAAUGAAAUUGCUUGUGCUUAUCUAAAAAUUGGACCAAAUGCCAGUGAACUCAUGACAAAAAAAGAUACAAAGGUAAUGCUUCCUAUGAAAUCAUCCAAUAAUAGUACUACUGCUGUCGCAACAGUAUCUACAGUUACGAAAAAGAUUGACAAAGUACUUCUGGAACUGCAACAACGAUGUUACAAAGAAUUGAUGGAAAUAAUAAAAGGAAUUGCUGGAGCACUCGAUAUUUCAGCAUCUUCGGUUAUGAAUAUGAUUGCAAUUAGGGCAAUGAGUCAAAAUCUUCCGGACAGUGAAGAAGCUAUGUUACGAAUUCCACAUGUAACUAAAGCAAAUUUUGAAAAAUAUGGAAAAGCACUAUUAGAUAUUACACAAAGAUAUGCUGCAGAGAAAUAUGUAUUAAUGAAUGAAGAGAAAGAAGACAGUAAUAACGACACUGACGAUGAUACUUGGUAUAACGAAACUACUACUUCUACCGCUAAAUCCAACAUAGUCCGCGGUAUAAAACGUAAAGGUAAAAAUAGUUACCGAAAUACAAAUAAAAAGUACAAGCGGACAGCGUCAAAUUCGCGAAGAGGAAAAGCAACAACAAAAGUAAGAAAUACAACCACAUACUCAAAUAAAGGCCCGGGACUUGUGAGUUUCAGUUAAUAUACUUGUUUUUUAAUUGUAUAUUUGUAUCUAUAAGAGUGUAAUGCUCUGUAUAACUUAGGAUACAAUGUAUCUGUAAUACGAAGUUGGCAUUUCUGCCAUUUUAUCUCAAAAUAAUGCAGCAGUAUUAUGUAUGUUGUUUUUGUAAGGAAUCUAUAAAAGUCUUGUACAGAAUUUUGUAAUAAAAUGUUUUAUUUUUAAUA